AUGGGAAUAGUUCAGUUUGAUUGUCCAUUGAUUCGGAGACUUAAUUUCUACAAUGCACAAGAUAAAUUUAUAUUGGCAAUCAAUGGUGCCGAAUUAAUAAUAAAUAAAUCAGUUGCAAUAGGAAUUUCGGGAAAAAUUUCGGGAAAAUACACUUUGGAUAAAAGUUUUGCAAAAAUAAACGUUUGUACUGAAAUUAAAUCACAUAAUACUGCUAAUAUUUUGAAAGAAAUACUUCUUAAUGGAAAAGUAGAUUUUGAAUUUGAGAACACACUAACGAUGGAUCUUUUUCAUAUCGGAGUGGAAUUAGGAAUACAAGAAUUAAUCGAAUUAUACAAAAAGUACGCUAUUGAUGAAAAAGAAUUAGAUAUUGAUAAUUGCUUUCAAUUACUUGAAUUUUAUUUACAGAUGUCAUCAAAUGAAAAGAUAUCAGAAUGUGUUGAUUUCAUUUCUUCCCAUUUUUAUUCAAUCAUUGAUGAUGAUCUCAAAAAUAUUGCGAAAAAACUUGGAUUUGACAUUCUUCAAAGGAUAAUAAGUAACGAUAAACUUGUUAUAGAUGAUGAAGAUUCUUUAGUGCGCACUAUUAUAACUCUCACAAGGGAAAGCGAAAUUUUCUAUCCAUUGUUUGAUUAUGUUCAAUUUGAGUAUUGCAGCGAAAAAAUUUUAGAUAAAAUACAAAAUUUAACUGAUUCAAAUAACUUUAUCCAUAUUGUUAAAUCAUUCCAUGAUUCAAUAGCAAGAACAAGAAAAAAUUGUCCAAAUGGUCCGCGUUAUAUCGAUUCAGAAGAAGUUCUAUCUCAAAUUGAAUUAAUGAAAAAUUCUGAUUUCGAAAGCAUAUAUAAUUUUCUUGAAGAUUUAUCAGAAAAAGGUAGAAUAAAUAUGCUUUCGAAAGCAAAGAAAGAAUGUCUUAUUCAAAAGAAUUUAAAUGGCUGUAGUAUGCUUCAUCAAGCAAUUGAGAAAGGAAAUAUCAGAUUAGUUAAAUAUCUUGUCUCUGUUGGAGCAAACAAAGAUGUAAAAAAUUAUAUAGGCAUCACUCCACUUCAUAUAGCAAUAGAAAAAGGAAAUUUUGAAAUUGUUAAAUAUCUCAUAUCGAAUGGAGUAGACAAAGAAGCAAAAGAUAUAUUUGGCGCUUCUCCAAUUCAUAAAGCAAUAUACAACGACAAAAUUGAAAUAGUUAAAUAUCUCAUAUCGAAUGGGGUUGAUAAAGAAAUAAAAGAUAAUUUUGGUGUUACUCCACUUCUAGCAGCAAUUAAGCAGGGAAAUUUAGAAAUUGCUAAAUACCUAUUAUCAAUUAGGGCUAAUAAAGAUGCAGUAAAUGUAUUUGGUUAUUUUCCAAUCCAUUAUGCAUCACAAUCUGGUAACCUCGAAAUUGUAAAAUAUCUCUUAUCGAUUGGAGCUAAUAAAGAUGCGCAAGCGGCAUUUGGUGUUACUCCGAUACAUAUUGCAUCAUCAUCAGGAAAUCUUGAAGUAUUGAAAUAUCUCAUCUCUAUUGGAGCCGAUAAAAAUGCAAAAUUUGAUAAUCUAUAUUUAUCUUUUCUUGGUACAAUCCAGAAAGAACCUAUUGCGGCAAUAAAAGGUCUUCUCUCAAUUGCAUAUACCGAUGUUCCAAAGACUGACGAUGGGUAUGGUUUAUUACAUGCUGCAACAUUUUCUAACAAAAUUUCAGUUGUUGAAUUUCUCAAUUCUAUUGGUUUUGAUAUAAAUGCAAAAUCUAAUAAUGGAUUUUCCUCAUUACAUGUUGCUUCAAUGUUUGGAAAUCUUGAAAUGGUUAAAUAUCUAAUUUCAAAUGGUGCUGAUAUGAAUGUUACAACCAAAGAUGGAAAGACACCAAUUUCUGUCGCAACUGAAGAAGUUAAAAAAUAUCUAUCAACCAUUGAAACAUGUAGAAAAAUUCUUUUCCAAGAAAAAUAA